AUCACGAACACCACGCAUAAGUGUAUGUCAUUUUUGUAAAUGUAAAUUUGUUGUUAAGUAUAUAAAAUGGGCAUAUUAGAGAAAAUAUCUGAAAUUGAAAAAGAAAUUGCUCGGACGCAAAAAAAUAAAGCUACUGAAUAUCAUUUAGGUUUAUUAAAGGCUAAACUUGCAAAGUAUAGAUCACAACUUUUAGAACCACCAAAAAAAUCUGAAAAAGGAGAAGGAUUUGAUGUAUUAAAAUCAGGAGAUGCAAGAGUAGCUUUAAUAGGUUUUCCAUCUGUAGGAAAAUCUACAUUGUUAAGUACAUUAACACAUACAGAAUCUGAAGCAGCAUCUUAUGAAUUUACCACUUUAACUUGCAUACCUGGUGUUAUUGAAUAUAAAGGAGCUAAUAUCCAACUUCUUGAUCUCCCUGGAAUAAUUGAAGGUGCUGCACAGGGUAAAGGAAGAGGUAGACAAGUAAUAGCUGUUGCAAGAACAGCAGACUUAGUUCUUAUGAUGCUAGAUGCUACUAAACAAGAUGUACAAAGACAACUUUUAGAGAAAGAGCUGGAAUCAGUUGGUAUACGACUUAAUAAGAAAAAACCAAACAUAUAUUUUAAAAUAAAAAAGGGAGGUGGAUUAGCAUUUAAUUCAACAUGUCCAUUAACAAAAGUAGAUGAGAAAUUAGUUCACUUGAUUUUACAUGAAUAUAAAAUUUUCAAUGCAGAAGUUCUAUUUCGUGAAGAUUGUAGCGCAGAUGAGUUAAUUGAUGUGAUUAAUGCCAACAGAGUAUAUUUACCAUGUCUUUAUGUACAUAACAAAAUAGAUCAAAUAUCAAUAGAAGAAGUGGAUAGAAUUGCCAGGCAGCCUAAUAGUGUAGUAGUUAGUUGUAAUAUGAAAUUAAAUUUGGACUUCCUUCUUGAAACAUUAUGGGAAUAUUUAUCUUUAAUAAGAGUUUAUACAAAAAAACCUGGACAACCACCUGAUUUUGAAGAUGGUUUAAUAUUGAGAAAAGGUGUUACUGUAGAACAUGUAUGUCAUGCAAUUCAUCGCACACUUACUCAACAAUUUAAAUAUGCUCUUGUUUGGGGUACAAGUACCAAGUAUUCACCUCAACGAGUAGGAUUGCAACAUGUUAUGCAUGAUGAGGAUGUUAUUCAAAUAGUUAAAAAAUAA